AUGGCUCACUCGUCACCCUCGAGUGAUCUCCCCGAUACCAUGAAAGUUUGGCGGUUUCACAGCGUCGCAGGAGGUGCGGAGAAGAACAUGCGCCUGGAAACCAUGGAGAUUCCCGACCCAAAGCCAACAAAAUCGACGCUGGUCAAGAUGGUCGCUGCUAGCCUCAAUCCCAUUGAUAUCAAAGCCUCGGAAAUACCAGUAUUAGGCUCUUGCAUCCAUCGCCUCCCAGCCAUCCCUGGCUGCGACGGCGUUGGACGCGUCAUAGAAACCUACGAGCCAUCUCUCAGCAAAGGGAUGAUGGUGCAAUUCCGGAAGAACGAAAUGCAGCCGGACGGUGUGUUCGCGGAAUACGUCUUGCUCCCGCCGGGACAAUGUGCCGUUAUUCCAGAUGGUGUGCCUACGACGCAGGCUGUUACUGUCGGGACCUGUGGCGUUACGGGGUACCAGGCCCUCGCUCCAUACAUCCUCGAUAAAGAUGGGCAACCGAAAAAGCAUGGGCACACUCCUCGGGUCUUCAUCAACGGUGGCUCCGGCGGAACAGGUGUAUUCCAGAUUCAGCUGGCCAAGAUCUUUGGGUGGCAUGUCGUCACGACCUGUUCUGCCUCUAAUAUAGAACUCUGCAAGAGCCUCGGAGCCGACGAGGUGAUCGACUAUCGGAAGGAGCCUGCGGAAGAGGUACUGAAGCGGAUGGUGCUGGAGGAUAGCUCCAAGGGAUUUGACCUCGUCGUGGACAACAAUUCCAACCCAUGGCCUUUGUUCAAAGCGGCAGACGUAUACUUGCGAAGCGAAGGGACAUAUGUACAGAUUGGUGCUGACUUUGCAGUCGACAGCGCCAGGCAUUUCUUCAAUAUCAACCUCCGACCAAAAUUCCUAGGCGGCGCCCGCUCCAAGUGGACGUUUAUGGGCAUGAAAACAAGCCGAGAAGAUUCGGAGCGCAUUCUUGAGUGGAUGGCUGCAGGGAAAAUCCACAUACCAAUAGAUAGCGAAUUUCCCUUUGAAAAAGUCCCGGAUGCUUAUUCAAAGCUGAAGUCUGGAGCCAAGGGAGGGAAGAUUGUUGUCCACUUUUCAGAAUAG